ACUCGCGCAGUGACCCAUUCCCACAAAGUGAACUUUUGUAGGGAGGAAUAACCGUGAAACGUGAAGACAAGUUACUUUUGCCCAAUCGCCGUCUUGAGCGGUUUCUUUAGGGAGAAAAGGGCACGUUAUUUGUGUCGAUCCUGCUGUGAGUGAAAUAUCUGUUUCUUGUGAUCCCGUUUUUGCUCCUGGAAUUUCUACUGAGAUUCCUUAUAUCGGGCUUUAGGGCCUCCCGCCGGCAUGGCGCUGGCGGCCAACUUUCCGCCCCUCAUUGGGGACCCAGGGGGCCCCGGAGGAGGUGGAGGACCUUCGAAUAUGAUGAACGGUGAGUACACUGGCGCUAGAUACCCACCUUUUAUGGACCCCACAGGCGCUGGAGGACCACUGCAAUAUCUACGAAUGGCUGCUGUCUUCGGAAAUAUGCCGCAAGACCCUUUUCUACUCCGAACGUCAAUAGAGAGUGCAAUUGGCGGAAAAAUCGAAGGGGCGUUUAAGGAGAACAAGGGUAUGGCCUACGUUCUCAAAGUGAGGAGCCCGGACCAGUUCAGACGUCUUCUCUCGAUGAACAAACUGGCCGACGGAACGGAAAUCAAAAUCGCUGAGCACCCGACGAUGAACCAGCGUUUGUGCGUCGUUUCUAACGCUGAUGUCACGGACCUUUCGGACGAUUACUUAGCUGCACAGUUGGCUCCACAAGGUAUCAAAGCAGUCCGGCGAAUUCGUAGGAAGAACGCCACUGGUGACUGGGAGAACACACCAACGAUAAUUUUGACUGUUUCUGGUACGGUAAUCCCUCCGCAUGUCGACUUCGGUUGGUCACGUUGCAGGACACGCAACUACUACCCGUCUCCGAUGCUGUGCUUCCACUGCUGGGAGUAUGGCCACACCGGAAAAAGAUGCCAACAGCCUACUCGUAUUUGUGGGAAAUGUUCGAAGACACACGCCACCAAAUCCAACAACCCUGAUGACAUCCCCGUGGAAGGCGACAGCGCGAGCAAAACGGACACGCUAAAUCAAACUGCCGAACAAAAUCUACAAUGUACUGACGCACCUUUCUGUAAACAUUGCAAGGCAAACGAUCAUCAAGUUUCAAGCCGAAAGUGCCCGCUCUACCUCCGAGAGGUGGACGUCCAAAGAAUCCGUGUUGAUGAAGGAGUGUCGUAUCCCCAAGCCCGCCGAAUCUUUGAGGCUCGGACGAACGCGGCAAGUAGCCGGGCGGCUUACUCAGGUACCGUAAACGCCAGCAAAGACGACGAAAUUACUGCGCUGAAGAGAGACAAUGCUCGACUCGAGGCCAAUUCCAAAGCUAUGGAGAAACGCCUUCAGGAGAUGGAGAAGGCGUUGAAUACAGGCCAUGCGAACCAACAACGGCUGGAAGUAGCUCGCAAUCACGGUACGAUUGAGGACCUCAUCAGACAAGUUACCAAACUCACGGCUACCGUCGAGCGCUUGGAGAAGGCUCUAGCCAACAAGGACGUGGUAAUCGCCGAGAAGGACGCCGAACUGGCUAAGCUACGUGGAACCCGACCCAAAAGAAUCGAUAGUCCGAUUUCACUCAUCGACGAAUCCUCCUCUGACGAACGCAUACUCCAGCUUUCUCUCGAUUCCAAGAUAAUCGAACAAAGGGUAGACUGGUGCGAAACCACCGGAGUAAAGGAUACACAGAACACAAACGGUGAAGACAGCGACCUCGAAAUGGAUGGAGCGGGCAUCAAUUCCUGCGAAAGCCGGAACACGCUUCCCUCUUCAGUAACCGAUCUGUCCAACUACGGAAAACGAUCACUUGAAAAAACAGGAUCCACAACGGAUUCUUCAUCUGGCCCUUCAGAUGCCAAGCGGAACCCUAAACCCCGCAAAGGCAAGAGUGGCAACCGUAAUUAGAACCACUUCAAUAAUUAACCUACACUCAGUCACCUCAACGGCCUAUUCACUAUGUUCAACUCUCUCCCGCGAACAUUUUCCCUCCAAACCCCUCUGUAGA